AACUUUGCGUUCCACCGUAUAUGGUUUACGGACACUGUGGUAGCGUGUCACGUCACGUGGGCGUCGCCGGAGAAAGAUGGAGGCUUCCGGUUCUUUGAUUGUCAACAACAAAAUGAGAACCGGAGUCGGUGGCUCGGUAAUUGGCAGCCCCCAACCGGGCAAGGGUCGAGAGUACAACCGUACCCAGCGCAAGGAUUCAGAGGGUUAUUCAGAGUCCCCAGAUCUAGAGUUCAUUUAUGCUGAUUCUGACAAGUGGGCAGCAGAGCUCUCAGAGUUGUACAGCUAUACUGAAGGUCCAGAGUUCCACCUGAACAGAAAAUGCUUUGAAGAAGAUUUCCGUUUGCAUGUGCCUGAUAAAAAAUGGACAGAACUGGAUGUGUCCCAGCAGCGGGCUCACACCAUGCGGCUCCUGGAUGCUUUAGAAGUCACUGCAAGAGAAAAGAGGCUGAAAGUGGCUCGUGCUAUUUUGUAUGUAGCACAAGGUACUUUUGGGGAGUGUAGCUCAGAAGCUGAGGUUCAGAUCUGGCUGCGACACAAUAUCUUCCUGCUGCUUGAAGCUGGGGCGUUUACAGCCCUUGUGGAACUUCUGAAUAUGGAAGUAGAAAACAGUGCAGCUUGCAGCAAUGCUGUAAGGAAGCCAGCAAUAUCCCUAGCUGACAGCACAGACUUGCGUGUUCUGCUGAAUAUUAUGUAUUUGAUUGUGGACACUCUAAGGGAGGAGGCAGAAGGGGAUUCACCUGAGUGGAGAGCCAUGAGGGAAACAUUCCGUACAGAACUGGGGUCCUCUUUUUAUAACAAUGAACCCUUUGCAGUGAUGCUCUUUGGCAUGGUUACAAAGUUCUGUAGCGGUCAUGCUCCACACUUCCCAAUGAAAAAGGUCCUAUUGCUUCUAUGGAAGACUGUAUUGUGUACACUUGGUGGUUUUGAGGAACUACAGGAAAUGAAAGCUUGCAAGCGUGAGGUCCUAGGAUUGUCUCCGCUUACAGAAGACAGCAUUAAAAUUAUCCGAAAUAUGAGAGCUGCUUCUCCACCAGCUUCAGCUUCUGACCUCAUUGAGCAACAGCAGAGGAGAGGUCGUCGGGAGCAUAAGGCACUUAUUAAACAAGAUAAUCUGGAUGCUUUUAAUGAACGAGACCCUUACAAAGCAGAUGAUUCUCGUGAUGACGAGGAAGAAAAUGAUGAAGAUAAUAGUCUUGAGAAUGAACCCUUUCCCUUGGAAAGGGAGGAAGUGAUGCCUCAAUCAGUGACUCAUCCUCCAGCUGAGCGUCUUGCCUUCCCAAAGGGCUUACCUUGGGCACCUAAAGUAAGAGAGAAAGAUAUAGAGAUAUUCUUGGAAUCAAGUCGUAGUAAAUUUAUCGGUUACACUCUUGGAAGUGACACUAACACAGUUGUUGGUCUACCAAGACCCAUCCAUGAAAGUAUUCGCACACUGAAACUGCACAAAUAUACAUCUAUUGCUGAGGUGCAGAUUCAACAAGAAGAGGAGUUUUUAAGGUGCCCUUUGUCAGGGGGAGAAGAAGAGGUUGAGCAAGUUCCUACAGAGAUUCUUUAUCAAGGUCUCCUUCCUAGUCUUCCCCAGUACAUGAUUGCGUUGCUGAAGAUCUUGCUUGCUGCUGCUCCUACCUCCAAAGCCAAGACGGAUUCCAUUAAUAUUUUGGCGGACGUAUUGCCUGAGGAGAUGCCGACCACAGUUUUACAAAGUAUGAAACUUGGUGUUGAUGUAAACCGGCACAAAGAAAUCAUUGUUAAAGCAAUUUCUGCUGUGCUUCUCCUGUUGCUUAAACAUUUUAAACUGAACCACAUUUAUCAGAUGGAGUAUAUGGCCCAGCACCUCGUGUUUGCCAACUGUAUUCCCUUAAUUUUAAAAUUCUUUAAUCAGAAUAUUAUGUCCUACAUCACUGCCAAGAACAGUAUUUCAGUCCUGGAUUAUCCAUACUGUGUUGUACAUGAGCUGCCAGAGUUGACUGCAGAGAGUUUGGAAGCUGGGGACAACAACCGUUUUUGUUGGCGAAAUUUGUUUUCUUGCAUAAAUCUUCUGCGCAUCUUAAACAAACUUACCAAAUGGAAACACUCAAGGACCAUGAUGCUUGUGGUUUUCAAGUCUGCUCCAAUUCUCAAAAGAGCUCUGAAAGUUAAACAAGCCAUGAUGCAGCUCUAUGUUCUGAAGCUGUUGAAAGUGCAGACCAAGUAUUUGGGCCGGCAGUGGAGGAAAAGUAACAUGAAAACUAUGUCCGCAAUUUAUCAGAAAGUGCGCCAUCGUCUAAACGAUGAUUGGGCUUAUGGAAAUGAUCUUGAUGCUCGUCCUUGGGACUUUCAGGCUGAGGAAUGUGCUCUUAGGGCAAACAUUGAACGCUUCAACUCAAGGCGAUAUGAUCGGACUCCUAGGAACCCUGAUUUUCUCCCUGUAGACAACUGUCUUCAGAGUGUUUUAGGGCAACGUGUUGAGCUACCUGAGGACUUUCAGAUGAACUAUGAUUUAUGGCUGGAGAGAGAAGUGUUUUCUAAACCAAUAUCAUGGGAAGAACUGCUGCAGUAGUUUUUUACAUCUCUAGGGAAGGUUGUAAAUGGCACACUACACUAUUUGCAAGCUUGAAAAAAAAUAUAUAAAAUGCUUCUUUUUACACCAACAUCACUUUACUCAUCAUCAUUUGAUAUCCAACAACAGAACUCACUAGCAGGCCCUUUUUAUAUUUUGACUGCUCCAUUCUACAGGUUACAUUCCUUCUUUGAACUUAAGGUAAUGAACUUAUUAUAAAUAUUUAUCUUGGCAUUCUUUUAAAAGGGACAGAAGCAAUUGUAGCCUAAAGCUGUAGGACAAAUCCCUUAGUUUAUCAUCCCAGCAUUCUCUAGUAGUUGUAUUGCCUUGAGUAAUAAGCUACAGCUUUGGGAUGUUAUCCAGGAUGCUAGCAUUGUUUUGGAUAAAGGGAUUUAUAUAAUUUGGAGCACAAUGAUUUAAGGCUACUUAAAAACAUUAAAAAAGAAAAAUAUAGUAUUGAAUUUCAGUCAACACUGAAUUGUAAUUGAGCUGUCUUUUUAAAAAAAAAAAAACAUAUGACAGAGGAAGAGGAAAAACAUAUGAUAGAAUGUAUUUUGAGGCUUUCUACUUAGUAGAUCCCAAGCCUGUACUUUAUUAUAGGACUGAAUUCUUUUCACCACUGAUACAGUACAAUAAUCUGCACUAGCAGAUUUUUUUUAAAGUGAUACUGACACUUUAAAUCUACUAUUCAAAAUAUUAAUGUACAUUAAAAGUUACCGAUAGGGCUAUUUUUGUACGUAAUUGUUACUUCCUAAACCCGACUGUUUUGCCAACCUGACUGUCCCAUCUUAGCCUGUUAGUUUCUAAUGCUAACGGACUACUGCUGCUCAAAUAUGGCAGCCCCCUCAUAGAGUAACAUGGGGAUAAGAUGGGUAAUGUAACAGCACUGGGCAAAUACUUUUAUGGCAAAAUAAUAAAUAAAUGCAAAUACAAUGUUAUGAUAUAGUAGAUGUAAAAUAAGGUUUAUUUCUGGUGACGGUAUCUCUAUAAGAAGUCAAGUAGGAAUGUGCUUUAUGUUCUUCUUACAUAGGCCCUAUGGAGGGUAGAAUGAGAUCCUGCAAAGAUGCUUUGUGUCAAAAUUGGCACAAGCCAUCUCUAAAAUUGGGUUUGGGUCUACUAUGUAUAACAUCAUGAAGUAGUAUUUAACUAAUUGGCCCACUGCAUUGCAAAGGCUGGACUUCUCUGGAUGACCUAAUUAGUAUGCUGUGCUCAGUCUAUUUACUAUGUAUAUACUGAUGACUAAAGUUUCAUCCUACUGUUCCUGUACAAUUCUGUAUGCAUAGAAUGCUUAAAAAACUGAUACAAAGAUUCCAUACAAAAAAUAGAUGGAAGUAUAUCCUAAAAAAAAAGGUUUGAAUGAGGAAUUAAUUUAUCCUUAUUUGGUAGGAACCCCACCUGAUAUUUCUGUACACUGUAAAAUCUAUAGACUAUUUCUCUGUAUAAAGAUACACAAAUGUUGUGUUAACCCCAAAGUUUAGAGCACAUGUUGUUUCCCUAUUAUCUUCCCUGAACCAACAAAAAAAUAAAAUUCCUAGGUGCUGACCAAAGUGCUCACUCUAAGCCAUUCACCCAUUGGCGAACAUAUGUUUUGAGGCCAGUUCAAACAACAAAUUGAGGGGCGUAAAGAGAGUUGACUUACAGAAAUUGGAUUUUGCACACCUGUUUUAAAAGUUUGUAUGAAAGAUAUUUUUUGGAGACACGACCAAAGAAGGAAGGUUGAGGGAACAUAAUGUUUCAGAAUAGUUAGUAGAAGUCUGGUAUCAUAAAACAGAAAUCUCAAUAUUCAGUCACAAAAUUCAUUAAAAAUAUCUGUAUACAACUUAAAAAAAAAACGUCCUAAUUACCUUUGGGAGCAAUAGUUUAUUUUUAGCAUAUGCUUGGCUUUGAAUGAUGAACAUAAUCAUUUUUAUGUAAUGUGUGCUUAUAGUUACAUGGCGUUGUAUUGCUUAUGUUAAAGUUGGAAAUGACAGUAGUUGCAACUGUAUGUAUAAAAUGUUUCAAUUCUAGAGGCCUGCAGUUGUGCUGUAAAAACACAUUGUAGUCAGUGGAAACCUGCAAGGAACAUGGUUAUAACUUAUUAAACAUUAUUUUCAAA